AUGGAACUGGUUACGGAUCUGUCUACCAAAUGGUUCCUCCAGGCACUGCGACGAUUCGUGGGUAGACAAGGCCGAUGUUCAGAUAUUUUUUCCGACAACGGAACCAACUUUGUCGGUGCACGUAACAAAUUGUCAGAAUGUUUGAAGGUCUUAAAGAGUCGAGACCACCACGAUGCAGUAUCCAGAGAGUGUGCCAAGGAGGGCAUACAUUGGCAUUUCAAUCCACCGAGCGCCCCCCACUUUGGCGGUAUCUGGGAAGCGGCAGUCCGAUCUGCAAAACAUCAUCUAUUGAGAGUGAUAGGCGAAACACCCCUUUCGCCGGAAGAUUUCAGCACGCUACUGGUGCAGGUAGAAGCUUGCCUCAAUUCCCGCCCCCUUACACCACAAAGUGACGAUCCGAAUGAUUUGGAGCCAUUAACACCGGCACACUUUUUAAUCGGCUCGUCCCUGCAAGCCAUCCCCGAACCAAACGUAGAUCAAUUGCCAACCCUUCGGCUCAACCGUUGGCAAUCAAUGCAGCGUCAUCUGCAGACCUUCUGGAAACGAUGGAGACGAGAAUAUUUGUGUCAGCUGCGGGGUCGAACCUACCCACACCUACCCACAAUCCCGUCCCGCCGAAGAGGAUCUGUUUUUUCUUUCUUUUCAGAAAUCUACAAUUUCUGGGUGGGUGAGGACGUUCGCAAGUACCCCCAACGCUACAACCCUUACAAUAUCACAGAACGAGCCAACAAAAAACAAUAUCACAGAACGAGCCACACUGCUGCAUAA